AAUAAUGCAACAGCUUGCAUAAAAUACUAAUGUUCAGAGUAUUUCUGGCCAUUCAAAUCAUGGUGUCCUUGUUCUUUUGCUUUCUACUUUUUCAGUCUGUACAGAGUGUUGUACAGUUUCAAUAUGAUACUCCUCCUGAAUCCGUACUCAUCACUGAUGGUGGCAAUAGAAUAAAUGGAGUACAGGAUCGGAGAGGGAAGGACAUCAUUUUGGGAGGAUUGUUCACAAUUCAUAAUGAUGCAGAAGGAUCUGCUGGUGCAAAGUGUGGUGAAAGAGUCUGGGGCCAUGGUAUAGAACUGUUAGAAGCAAUGUUUUAUGCACUGGAUAGUAUAAACAGUGACCCUGAUCUAUUGCCUAAUAUAACCCUUGGAUAUGAUAUCAGAGAUACUUGUCAAAGUGACAAUAUAGCUCUUGAUGAAAGUGUUAACCUUGUCUUUACAAAUACCGAUGCUGAAUCUGGUACUUGUAGACCAUUAGAUGCAUCAGAUAAUGACUCUAUUCAAAUACCAGUAGCAGCAACAAUUGGUCCUUUGGAAAGCUUCAUAUCCAUUCCAGUGGCUAGUUUCUUUCGUCUAUUCCAAAUGUCUCAAGUCAGUUAUGGCUCCACUUCAACUGAAUUAAAUAAUCGUAAUCAAUAUGGAUACUUUUUCCGGACAAUACCUACAAACAAUGCAGGAGUACAAGCUAUGAUUGACAUCAUGUUGUAUUAUGAAUGGGAUCAUGUUUCAAUUAUACACUCUGAUGAUCUUUUUGGGUCAUCAUUUAAUCGAGAUUUUCUCUUAGUUGCUAAAGCUAAAGAAAUUUGCAUUGAUGCUAAUGAGCCAAUAAGAGAUGACUUUGAUGAUUCAGACUACCGUGAGUUGGCACAGUUAUUAUUCUUCAACACAACAGCCAAUGUGAUUGUACUAUUGGCUUCUUUAGAUCAUGCCAAAAAUUUGCUAAAUUAUGCACAAAUGGUUAAAGAUAGCAAUAUUGCCAAAAGAAACUUUGUCUGGAUUGUAACUGAUGCAUCUGCUGCAGCAGCAACUGAAUUUACAGGUGAUGUCAUUGCUGGGAUGUGGGGAAUUUUUCCACCUUCAGAACCAAUUAUAACAUUAGAUGAUUACUUUUCAAAGUUAACAGCUUCUACUAACAAGCGAAAUCCUUGGUACAUUAGUUAUUACGAAGAAGUCUUUAAAUGCACCAAUGAAAUUAAUUGUAACAAUAGCAGCAUCACUUCAGUUGAAGGUUAUGUGCAGUUCCCAUAUGUUGCCAAUGUCGUUGAUGCUGUGUAUAGUCUUGCCCAUGCAAUACAUUCGUUUAUACAAAAUAAUUGUCAACAACCAGUGGUUAUUCUCCUUAUUGCUAGCAAUGUACUUGCCAUCUUAACGAUAAGAUUCCCACAAAACUUUAACGAAUCAAAAUACGUUGCAUUUUCCACGUUUUCUUUUGGUCUAAUGUGGAUAGCAUUUAUCUUUACUUAUCUUAAUACAGCUGACAAGUUUCAAACUGCUGUGGUAUCAUUCACCAUUCAGAUGAGUGCCAUGGUAGUGUUGCUGUGCUUGUUUGCCCUCGUGUCUUCAUUGUAUUGUUCCUGUCCAAACGUACAGUGA